AAUAAAUAAGUUCUGUUGAUCGGUUAAAAACCAAAUUAAAUGCUAAAGAUCUUUUUUAAGUGAUAAACGAGGGAAUUUUACUUUAAUUCUUGGCAAUUUAGACAGCUCAUAUUAUUCUCGUCUUACUUUUCAACUUCAUUUGAUAAAUAGAGAGUAAGUGAGAUAUAAAUUAUGAACGCGAUGACUUCUGGAUAAAUAAAAACAUGCAUGUAUUUUGGUAUAAAAGGUUUAAACGUCGAUUAGAUGUUAUUCCUUUCUUUGGAACGAACGAAAAAAGUAACUAGAUGAAUAAAUUGGUGGUAACCGUUUUAAUAGUAACCCUAUUCGUAACAUUGAGCUCUUGUGCUCCUGGUUACGAAGGAGGAGGUGAAAAUGUUAAAACUAAAAUCCAAUACAAGGAAGGAAUCCCACCAGAUCAACAAACAAGUUUAAUCUUCGCUGGUAAACAACUUGAAGAUGGUCGUACUCUUUCUGAUUACAACAUUCAAAAAGAAUCAACCCUCUACAUCUUCGUAAAAACUUUAACUGGAGAAAUCAUCACCUUAGGAGUGGAACCUUCUGAUACCAUUGAAAAUGUUAAAGCUAAAAUCCAAGAUACGGAAGGAAUCCCACCAGAUGAACAACGUUUAAUCUUCUCUGGUAAACAACUUGAAGAUGGUCGUACUCUUUCUGAUUACAACAUUCAAAAAGAAUCAACCCUCCAGUUGGUAAUAAGAAUGCAAAUCUUCGUAAAAAGUUUAACUGGAAAAACCAUCACCUUGGAAGUGGAACCUACUGAUACUAUUGGAAAUGUAAAAGUUAAGAUUCAAGACAAGGAAAGGAUUCCACCGGAUCAACAGCGUUUAAUUUUCCAUCGUAAAGAAUUGGAAGAUGGACGUACCCUUUCAGAUUACAAUAUCUAUAAGAAAUCUACUCUGUAUUUAGUUAUUCGCCUACGUGGUGGAAAAUAACUUUUUUCCAUUUUCGACUCAUAAUAAUAAUAAUAAUAAAUUUUUAAUAAAAGGC